UACAUUAUCCUCUAAUAUUUUGAGUGGUGCAUGUGUAAAAUGUUUGACUUUCAUAUACCAUUUGAACCACACUACUUCUUUUACCCCAAACGCCGCCUACUAGUAGUUGGUUCUUCUCGUUCUGAUGUCACAUUCCACAUUGUAUAAUUUAUUAGCAGAGAGACUUGUUCUUGUGUGGAUCAAAAAUUGAAGGCAUAGCUCUCUCAAUAUUCUCAGGUACACUUUCCCUUCCCUUCCCUUCCCUUCCCUUCAUAUCAGUGUUUAGAGAGAGAAAGGGAGAGAAAUACGGAGGAUGGAACAACAAGUGGAAGAGGAGAAGAUGGAUAUCUGUUCAGCUGAUCAGAAGUUACUCCGUCACAGUACUCCUCCAGAACCCAUAAAGGGUGGUCUCAGAACCAUGCCCUUCAUCAUAGUGAAUGAGUCAUUUGAGAAGGUAGCAAGUUUUGGGUUGCUGUCAAACAUGAUAUUCUACUUGAUAAGAGACUAUCAUAUGGAGCCUACCAGUGGGUCAAGCAUACUUUUCAUAUGGUCAGCUUUUUCCAAUGCUUUGGCCAUUUUUGGAGCUUAUCUUUCGGAUUCUUACUUGGGUCGGUUUCGGGUCAUCGCCCUUGGAUCAAUCUCUAGUCUUCUUGGAAUGACUCUUCUCUGGUUAACUGCCAUGAUUCCACAAUUGAAACCUUCACCUUGUGACGAGUUCAGCUAUAGUUGCAACUCUCCAUCAGCAGCCCAACUAGCUGUAUUGUACUCUUCUUUUGGGCUAAUCUCGAUUGGAGCUGGUUGCCUUAGACCUUGUUCUAUGGCCUUCGGUGCAGACCAAUUGGACAAUAAAGAAAACCCCGAUAAUGAGAAGGUUUUGCAAAGCUUCUUCAAUUGGUACUAUGCUUCAAGUGGAAUUUCGACAGUUCUUGCUUUUACUGUUAUCCUAUACAUCCAAGAUCAUUUGGGUUGGAAAGUUGGAUUCGGAGUCCCUGCUAUACUCAUGGUUUUCUCUGUUCUUAUGUUCCUACUUGGUUCAUCUCUUUACAUUAAAGUUAAACCUAGCGAGAGCGUGUUCACUGGAUUUGUGCAAGUUAUAGUGGUGGCUUUUAAAAACAGAAAUGUCAGUCUCCCUCCUAGUAACUCUGAUGGCUGUUACCAUCAAUGCCAUGAAAAAGCACAACUCCGUGCACCAACAAAGAACUUAAGGUUUCUAAACAAAGCUUGUGUAAUUACAGACUGUGAGGGAGAUUUAAAUUCAGACGGACCAGCUUCAAAUCCAUGGAGACUCUGCAGUGUUGAGAAAGUAGAGUCACUCAAGGCUUUUCUUAGAGUCAUCCCAACGUGGUCCGCUGGCAUUAUGCUCUCAGUGAGCAUUAGUCAAAACUCAUUUCCUACACUUCAAGCAAAUACCAUGGAUAGACACAUCAUAUCAAAAUUUGAGAUUCCGGCAGGGUCCUUCACCGUGGUCAUGAUUGUGACUCUAACAGUAUGGAUUGCCUUCUACGACCGUGUGAUGGUGCCCUUAUUAGCGAAAUACACUGGGCAGCCAGGUGGGCUUACCCCCAAAAUUCGAAUGGGGAUUGGCUUACUACUCUCCUGCGUAGCAAUGGGAUUGUCAGGAAUAACGGAAAGCAUAAGACGGGGAAAAGCAAUCGAAGAAGGGUUAGAAGAUGAUCCGGAUGCCACUGUGGACAUGUCUGCAAUGUGGUUAGUGCCACAGUUUGCCCUGCUUGGACUGGCUGAGGCUUUUAAUGCAAUUGGGCAGAUAGAAUUCUUUUACUCUCAAUUUCCUAAAAGCAUGUCAAGCAUUGCAGUGGCUCUUUUCACACUCGGGAUGGCUGUGUCUAACGUGGUGUCGACUCUUCUGGUGAAUAUUGUAGACAGUGUCACUACCAAAGGAGGUAAAGUAAGCUGGUUAUCCAAAAAUCUUAACAAGGGUCAUUUAGAUUACUAUUACUGGUUACUUACUUUCUUUGGUUUAGUUAACUUUGUUUAUUUUCUGGUUUGUUGUCGCUCCUGUGGUCCUGAGGACGAUGAGGUAGUUGAAGAAGAAAUAUUUGAUUAUAGGGAUUUACCUUCAGCUUGAGAAGUAUGUUUCUAACGAAUGGUUAAGAUGGUUAUGUAAUCUAUUUUCUUGUCACUUUCUUAUGUAAUCUUAGAAAUUGAAACC